AUGCUGAACAAGUUGCAGGGGCAGCCGGAGAGUUAUGAGAAGAAGUCCCUAUACAGAUUCGGUCGAACACUAGGCGCCGGCACUUAUGGAAUUGUCCGUGAAGCCGAUUCUCCACAAGGAAAAUGCGCCGUCAAAAUUAUCUUGAAGAAGAAUGUCCGGGGUAACGAGCAGAUGGUUUACGACGAGCUGGAGUUGUUGCAGCGAUUGAACUAUCCGAACAUUGUACACUUUCGCGAUUGGUUUGAAUCCAGGGAUAAAUAUUAUAUUGUGACGGAGCUUGCGACGGGCGGAGAACUCUUUGACCGGAUUUGCGAGUACGGAAAGUUUACUGAAAAGGACGCAUCUCAGACGAUCAAGCAGAUACUGGGAGCAGUGCACUAUCUGCACGAGCGGAACAUCGUCCAUCGAGAUCUCAAACCUGAGAAUUUACUCUACCUCACAUCCGACCUACAAUCAUCCCUCGUCCUUGCGGACUUUGGAAUUGCCAAAAUGCUGGAACACUCUGGCGAUGUACUUACCUCGAUGGCAGGCUCAUUUGGCUAUGCUGCUCCUGAAGUCAUGCUGAAAGAAGGCCACGGAAAACCAGCCGAUAUGUGGUCGAUGGGAGUCAUCACCUACACCUUACUCUGCGGCUACUCACCCUUCCGAUCAGAAAACAUGCGAGACCUAAUCGAAGAAUGCCGCGCUGGCCACGUCCAGUUCCACUCGCGGUACUGGGGCGGCGUCUCGGACGACGCCAAGGACUUCAUCAAGUCCCUGCUCACACCAGACCAAAACAAACGAGCCUCGGCCGAAGAAGCUCUCCAGCACCCCUGGCUCAAGGGCGAAACCGCUACCGACUACAACUUGUUGCCCGAGAUCAAGGCGUACAUGGCACGUGCCCGCCUUCGCCGCGGUAUCGAAAUCAUCAAACUGGCCAACCGCAUCGAAGCUCUAAAAAUGCAAGAAGACGAAGACGAGGAAGAAGGAGGCGCCUCCAAUGCUGACGACCUACCGGCCAACGCAGGCGAGGCCGCGAAACAGGCCGUCCAGGGCGAUUCCGACAGACUCACUUCUGCAUUUCCGUCUCUGGCCGUCACCGACCCGGCGGGAGAUGUCGGACACGCCAGGGAAGACACAGAAUCAUCAUCAUUAUCAUCAUCAGAACCUGCCGGUACCCGAAAGAAACGCAGCUUGAGCCGUAUCGCGCGCGGUGCGAUUUUCCGUGAAGUCGUGCUGGCCAAGGUCCGCGAAAUGAAGCAGGAACAGGAACAGAAAACCGUCGAGCGUGAAGCGAUUGCACGCGCAGAGGCAGGCCAUCAAUAA